ACCCCAUCUUCCAAUAUGUAUUCCUUCAGUGUGCUAUACGGCAAUUUGUAUGACUUUUAUAGUGAUGAAUUCUUAUUUGGUCAAAGUUGUUUCGAGCUGCUGUACUUUAGAUUACGGAGGAUAAAGAUUCGUGCUUUUGAUUUUAUGGCCAUCAGAAUGGCUUCAGCAACCAUCCUUCAAUCGUUAAAGGCUCGAGCUGACCUAGCUGAUAAAAUUAUUGGAGAGCUUCGACGUCAGAUAAGUGCUAUUAAAACUGCUACAGCUGCUAAUGCUGGAGAGUAUGAGGAAGACAGGUUGAGAAAAGAAAAUGAGGCAUUGAAGAAGGAGAUUGAGCAAGUCAAAAUAAAACUUAUGGUGGCAGAAAUCAGGAAUGGAGUGAGGCAGGUUCCAGUUCCACAGAGAAAGAUUGUGAAUUCUAAUGAAGCUGCAGAUGCUGGGACAAAGCCUGUCAUUGCAGCCCCUCAGGUAGACACUUCAGUAAGUCAACCACAGCCAAAGAAAACCAAAAAGGAAGUAGCUGGAACUAAUGACAAGAGUAAAGUUGAGAAAGGAAACAAGAAAGAAAGCAAAGUUGAAGUCAAGCUUGAAGCACCUACUUCAGGAGCAGAUGGGGACACAGUUGACAUUUCACGACUAGACUUGCGCAUAGGCAAGAUCAUUGCUGUGGAGAAGCACCCAGAUGCUGAAAAACUCUAUGUUGAGACUGUGGAUGUUGGGGAGGAAAAACCACGCACUAUAGUGUCCGGUCUUGUAGAGCAUAUUCCCAUUGAAAAGAUGCACAACAGAUUGGCUGUAUUCAUGUGCAAUUUGAAGCCCAGUAAGAUGCGAGGCAUCUCUUCUGAAGGCAUGAUUAUGUGUGCCAAUGCAGGGAAAGUUGAAAUUCUGGAUCCACCUCCUGGUGUUGUCCCUGGAGACCAAAUAACUUUUGAGGGUUACCCUGGUGUGCCAGACAAGCAACUAAAUCCCAAAAAGAAAAUCUGGGAAACUCUCAAGCCAGAUGUUCGUACCAACAAUGAACGCAUCGCAACCUACAAAGGAGUGCCUUUCAAGGUUGAAGGGAAGGGUGUGGUUACUGCACCGACUUUACCUAAUGCGCAGAUUUCUUGAGCUUAAAAUCAUUUUGCAUGUUCUUGGUAUAGGUCAUGAUUUAGGACACUGCAGGGACAAUGCUAAUUGCCAUUUUUUUCUCUCAUUUCAUUCUUUUUUCUUUUCAUUCAUUUCUCUCAGUCCUCUCCACUCAUCUAUUGGUGGUAAUCUGAACAUUGUGAUAGUUUUCUACCGCCGUGGCAAGCAUGCACUAGUGCUUUUAAGCUUGCUGAAAGGCCUUAAAAAAUAUUCUCCUGGUUGAUGUUUGCAUACAUUUUGAAAGACAUAGACCACUCCUUCAAAACUGCAUGAAGUGCCCACACUUUUCUUGACUUUUCAGAAUGUGAUACUCAGCCAAAUAAAAAGUCUUUUAAAGUAUUGAAAACCAUUGUUAUUAAAAAAGUGGUGCAAACAA